AUGGCACCCACCGAAGCAUCCAUCCUCAGCAACUUCUUACUUCCUCCCGCUCCAUUGCCCGCCUUCAUGACGCUCCGUCAAUUCACCGAACUAUUUCCCCGCGCGCUCCAAUCCGAGCCUGAAAUAAAAGUACUCUACCGCGAACUACAGCACCAACGCGCCAUUGACGCCGACGAUGUGAAGCGCAACAUAGCUGCCGAAGUCAACAGAGGGGAGAAGCAGAGGCGCGCAACCUUCAACUCGCGGCAGAAAUUUGAUCAAGUCGACAUUCCAGAGCUUGGUGGGCAAGAAAUCCAUGGAGAAGCUGAGCUUUUCGGUCCCUCGCAGAAUCACACGCCCCGCGACGCGCACACCAUACACACCGUCGUCCCCGAGAUAGAACGCGCCUCUGCGGAGCUUGAGUCCCAAAUAGCGACAAUGGAGGCCGAAUCUGACGCUCUUCUAGCCGAGAUCCAGACCUCAGUGGGGGAUCUAAGCGAUCUACGAUAUGGUCGAUUCACGAAGACUCCAGGAGCUAGGGAAGAUAUCAGCGAGGACGUUCUGGUCACCCUCAAGCGGCUUGUCGCUGCCUGUGAUGCUGCAAAGAACGGAUGA